GAUAGAUUGUUUUUUCUUUCAGGAAUAUUCCUCGCUAGUAGGAGUAAAGAUAUGGUUGAUAUACUUUGAUCAGGAUCUUAAUGGAAUGGCAGAACCAGAUGUCACACAAAUAGGCCUGGACAUUUUCAGUGAGUUUCUAGAAGUAGCCAUCCAUAGCAUUCUGUAUGACAGGGAGCUCUACCCUGCAGGUGUGUUUGAGAGGAGAAAGAAGUACAAUGUCCCUGUACAAAUAUGUGUUCAUCCAGAAGUCAAUCGCUACAUUACUCAGGUAGUUAAUGGUAUAUCAGAAUUCAAUACCAAAGGUCAAUUAGAAAAAGUUGCAAUAGUGAUUUGUAAUAGUGAUUCACAGCCAGUAGAAAAGUUCAUCCUUGAGAUCAAUAAACCUUCAAUUCCUCAACAACAGCAGACAGACAGAUAUCUGUAUCAGCUGGAGCAAUCCUUGAGGUCAUUUUUGUUGAAGAUAAACAUGGCAGACUCUCUAUUGAAACCCCUUCCUCCUGACUGCACAUGGACAGUCCAUGCCACCACGCGUGAGUCUGCCGCAGCCAGAAUGUUUGAUAAAAAUGUGGAAGAAGAUUUCCCUUGGUUAGAAGCCUCUGAACAGGAGACAAUGAUGGAAAAUUCUUCUAUUCUACCCCUUAAAUCAACCACGUCCCCAUACCUAAACAUGCAGAUGUAUGUAGAGGAGACAAAAGACAUCAAAGGCAGCUGAUGUUCAUUAUAUAACAUUUAAAAAACAGUGCUCAGAUAUCAGUUUUGUGUUCAGUUAAGAGACAUGUUUGAAGUGCCUCACUUGUUCUAUAUUUUGCUGUACUAGAAUAAUUCUUUGUAUGAAAAUAUAAUGGUCAUCAUAAAGGUUGAAGAUUGAAGGUUUGCCUUUACAUUGGACUUAGGACAAGAUAUCAUUUUUUUAUAGCAAUAUGACCAUCAGACACAGUACAUUUUCUUAUCAUCUCUUGUAUAAGUUUCAUUCAUGUUGUAUCUUAAUUUAU